CCCCAAUUUGUUGUUGUCACUCCAACUUUGGCGGCCAAGGUACGAAAAAGACGUUCCCCAUAUUUAUUCCAUACUAGGCCGUUUUCCUGUUAGGCGCGCACGCGCAUCGCCCAUAACGCCUGGAUCUCUGCUUUAAGAAAAAAAGAAAAAGAAAAAGAAAAAUAUUAUAAAUUGAAAAAAGAAAAAAAAAGAAAAAAACAAGAAAAAAAAAAAUCCCCACAGCAAUGACAGACCAAGACCAAUCCUAUCGUCCACGAUCCCCUGAUUUUUCCACCUUCCAGUCAGUUCCCCUCUCACCUACCUUCAACAACCACAACCUCAACCACAACACGCACUAUCAACUUCCUCACCACUCCCCCGUUUACCAAUUCGGGAAUCCUUUCGCCCAUCGCGCUUCCUACGACGCCUCACCUUUCUUCACCCCGCAAUAUCAAGCACCACCUCUACCACAACAACCAUCGCUUCCUCACCACCCGGUCCCGCAGACCAGGGUUCCCCAGCAAUCCUCCUCAUACUUCCCUCCCGAUCCGGACAUGGCUCGUCGCUCGUCGCGUAUCGCCCAAGCGGCCGAGGUCGCGCCUCACCCGCCCGUCUCCAAGUACGUCGACCCUGUCGAAGAAGAAGAGGAAUUUGUACCUUCACCUCCACCUCAACCGCAACCGGAACCACAAGAGGAGCCCGUCGCUGUAAUUGAAGAGGAAGAGCUUCCGAAGCCCGCUCCUGUGCCCGUCAAUGUGGAAGUGAAGACCAAGUUUCCUGUCGCGCGCAUAAAGCGCAUUAUGCAAGCCGAUGAAGAUGUCGGUAAAGUCGCUCAAGUCACCCCCAUCGCAGUGUCCAAAGCACUCGAACUUUUCAUGAUUUCACUCGUCACCAAAGCCGCCCGCGAAGCCAAAGACCGCAACUCGAAACGCGUCACAGCCUCGCAUCUCAAACAAGCCGUGGUGAAAGACGAAGUGCUCGACUUCCUCGCUGACAUCAUCGCCAAGGUUCCUGAUCAACCGGCCAGUCGCAAACACGACGACGAUAACAGUGAUCAGAAUGAACAACAACCGAAACGGAAGCGCGGUGGACGUCGUCCGAAAGAAGAAAGUGAUUAAUUAAUGUCCACUACGAGUCUUUUUCUCAAUUCGCGCGUCUUAUCUGAAACGAACUGGCUUGAAUGUCAGCUGGCAUGCAUUAUGUGGUUUGAGGGUCUUUCUAUUUCCUUGCGCGAUGGGCAGCCAUUCGAUUCGAUUCGAUAUCGAUAUUGAUG